UUUCUUCACACUGUGUAGCUCGGAACGAACAUAACGAGACUCGAGAGUCCCUGUUUCAUUACGGUCGUAUUGUGUGUGGCAAACUGGAAGUCAGCUCUAUCAGUAAAAAAAGAGUGGCCAUAUUCGUCUUCUCGCGUUCGAGUCGAUUCUAUUUUGCUCGAAGCGCUCCCUAAUCUUUUGAGUCAAAUACGCAAUCGAGUGACAAACGUGCGUGAAAAGUUGUGCAAAAAAGUUUCCCCUUGUUGCAAAGUUGACCUUUCGCGAGUUUCUACGCCAGAUUAGGACCCAUUUUGUGUGUGGAGAAAGUCUGCUGCCCGUGGAGUGUAUCCCCUCUGCUACAGGGGGGACAGAGUUUUUCGAGUUGAUUUGGAUAGCAACAGGAGAGGUGGCGAUAGUGGUGUGCGUAUCUGUGUGUUAGUAGUGUGCGUUGAGUAGUAUAACCAGCAAAACGACGACGAAGAGUGUGAAUCAAAUCGCUGAGAAGAAACCAGAAGAAUCCAAUCCCAUCGGUAAUAGCAAGCGCGAGCAAGAAGAAAAUCAAGAAAAACACGUCCGAUGAGAAGAAGAAAUAUAAUUUUUCAGUGUUGUUGUUCGAAGAAGAAGUGAGAAGUAAAACCCGUCAAGAUUGCUCGGUUAGUGGAGGAGAGGAGCAUCGAGAUCCAACCAAUAAUUCUCCAACAAUAGCAGCGACUGCAGCCUCCGCCGCCGCCGCCCGUCCAGAUAACAGCAAACAAUGUCGAUGGACAACCGGAGCUCGUCGGCCCUGUUCAAGCGGGCCGAACAGCUCAAGCGCUGGGAAGAAUCGGAAACGAACAAGCACAGUGGCGUCCCGAAGAGUCCCUCGCUGAGGCGAAUCAAAUUCUCGUCCGGAUGUAUCUUCCUGGCGGCUUGCGUCGCCGGCGACAAGGAGGAAGUAUCGCGGCUGCUGGAAACCGGAGCCGACAUCGACACUGCCAAUGUGGACGGACUGACGGCACUGCACCAGGCUUGCAUAGAUGACAACCUCGAUAUGGUGGAAUUCCUAGUACAGAACGGAGCUGAUGUGAACAGAAAAGACAACGAAGGAUGGACCCCCCUGCAUGCUACAUCUUCCUGCGGAUUCCUUAGUAUAGCCCGCUAUCUGAUAGAGAAUGGUGCCGACCUCACGGCGAUCAACAGCGACGGCGAGCUAGCGCUGGAUCUAGCCUGCUCGGACGCGAUGGAGGAUCUAAUCCAGCGACACAUCGACGAGCAGGGCAUAGACUGCGAGGACGCUCGCCAGGCUGAGGAGAAGAUCAUGCUGAGCGACGCGAAACGGUGGCUGCGCAGCGACAGUACCGAUUGUGAUAAACCCCACCCGAAGACGGGAGCUACCGCAGUUCACGUGGCUUCCGCCAAGGGUUACAUCAAAGUACUCGGGCUUCUGCUGGACGGCCGGGGAGACUUUGACAAGCAGGACGUGGACGGGUGGACGCCGCUGCAUGCGGCCGCCUACUGGGGCCAGAAGGAAGCCGUACAGAUGCUGCUGAGCGCCAACGUGGACAUUGACAUCCAGAACUACAGUGGCCAGCAGGCCAUCGAUAUCGCACAGAAGGACAUUGUGCCGCUGCUGGAGGAGGCCCGAAAGAACUUCAAGCGGCCGAAGCGGCGCCCUGCUAGUCAGAGAAUUACGGAUACUAUUGAAAAUAGUAUCGAGACGCCUACGAAGGUCAUCCGAGUUGAAGUCAAACCAAUCGACAAUAAAGAGAAAGAAGAACUCGUCAGUGGGAGUGAAGCAGACGAAGAAGAGGAUGAAGGUGAAAAUGAAGAAAGUGAAAUCAGCGAAGCCGAUCAAGACGAUGAUAUGGAACUGGAAGAAUCAGCGGAGGAAUUGGACGAACCUAAGGAAUCUGAGGUAGAUGAAGAGGAGGUCGUCCAUGAAGGAGAGGAAGAGGAAUCAGGAGAGGAGGAGGAAGCGGAAGAGGAAGAAGAGGAAUCGGAGCCAGAAGCCAGUGUUUCAUCGAUAUCUUCGCCGUACUCGUCCUCCAGUAGCAGCAGUAGCACCUCGGCCGAAAGCAGUAUGACCGAUUCUGAAACAGAAGAGAUCUGCAAACCUGUUCCGAUCAUUUCUCGACCGGUACCGGUACCAAUCGCCGAACAGAUUAUUGUGCCGAAGCCACGCGAUGGAACGCAGCUGCAGCAAGCGGUGGUAGCCCCACCGUCCGUACCGUGGCGACGUCCACGUGCCAUCCCGACGCCAAUUCCCACCGCUGAACAUAUGCUGCUGCAGCAGGAGUAUCUCCGGAAGUUGCAGAGUGCCAAUGACGCUAGUCGUUAUGAUCAGAAUCAAGUUCCUGAAAAAGAGAAUCUACCGACCGAACCCGAUGUGAUACUGCGACGGACGCAAAGCUUCGAGAGCGAUGAAAAAUUCUACCAAAAGUACGUUGAACUGCGGGCACGGAUACAGGCCAACUCGUGCCCCAUUCUGCCCAAUACGAACCCAGCCAAUGUGAAAACCGCCGCCAGCAACUUGCACGUACAAAGGUCAGCCUCGCUCAAGGACCACCGGACGCUAAGGAAAGCCUCCAGCAACCUUGUGCUGGGCAGCACCGGUUCUGCAACGACAAAUGUGCAAACAACGACCCCACAGUCUGUUCCAUCACCACCAACUAGUCCCACCAGUACGCCGGUGUCGGCCGCACCCAGCGCUGGACAGAUUCGAAGUCUCACAUCUGCGAACAACCGACAAACAACGACAACAUCAUCAAAUCACACGAUCUACAGUACCACCCCACCGGUCAUGGAAGUCAUCACUGUCACCACCACAAGCAACAGCAUCAAUAAUAACAGCGAUUCCACCUCUGUCAUCACAACCACCAGUGGUAGUAAUAAUGCGGUCAACAAAAAUCAUAGUCUGUUUGAACUCAAUCGAAAAUAUAUUGAACAAGCCCAGAAGACAAAAAUCAAUAAUGAGCGCAAUAAAUUUCUUUCGUCACUCAACGAGAAGAGGCAACAGCAGUUACUGCGACAGCAGCAGCAGGAAGCACAACAGCAGCAACAAAAAGCGAAAUUAUCGCCGGCAACGGAACAGCCGCCAACCACAAAAUCCGGCCCCGCAGAAAAAGAACCGCCGGUGCCGCCGGAAGCUAAUGCAACCGUUAAGACGGUAACCGCUGUAUAUGCUGGCCCUGCCUCCAACGCAACAACAUCUCCUACUACAACAACAGCAAACACCACCACAACAAGUCCAUCGCCACCGUUAGCGCCUUCGACGAACAAACUUUCGCCGGGCAAUAUUUUCAAAAACUUCUUCAAAUCUUUCGUUCCACCGGCCCGCGACGAGGAAAGCGAAACGCAGCGGAAGGCUCACGCGAAGCGAGUCCGCGAGACGCGACGCUCGACGCAGGGCGUCACACUGGAUGAGAUCAAGAGCGCCGAGCAGCUGGUCAAGAACAAGAACUCCACCAGCGGAAAUAGCGACCCAGCUGCCACCACCUCAUCCGCAGUCACCGCUACAACAAACACAACCCGGAGUCGCACAAUCGCAUCCCCAUCAGCUCCCAUCAACGAUCGGGUACCGUCGGUGGAUGCCAGCGGCGAUAGUAGCGCUACAACUGAGGUAAGCCCAAUCACAAACACUACCGGAAGCAGGAAAACCCCAACCUCGGCAGCAACGGCUGGUAGUCCAAGUAUCUGUGAUCAACAGGUAUCUGCCAGCUUCACGAUCAGUCCUCCUCCCUCCAGUAGCAUGUCCACCACUGCCACUAUCAAGCCUCUCCGGGGUGAUGGUGGGGGCGGUGGUGGUGGCGAAGGUGGAGGAGGCGGCGACUGUACUUCGAAGAAUAAGGAUGGCAGCAAAAUUAGCGUUUCAUACACAAUCGCCACGCCGAGGCUUAGCAGCAGUAAUACUAUGACCAGUCACAGCAGCAGUAGCUGUGAAGCCGUCCCCCCGACUGCCAAAGAAAUUGAUAAAGAAGAUAUACCGACGGUAACGGCCACCUUCAGCGUGCCCAGCGCCGCCACCACGAAUAACAACAAUCCUAACAGUAGUAACAAUAAUUUUAACAAAAAGACUGAUACCGACGAGUUAACGAAAACGAAGCCAACGAUAGGCGACUACUCGAUUAGCAGUACACCAGCUUCCUCCGCCUCUGUGACCGCUACUAUUCGGACCCCGAGCAGCGUGUACAGCGCUGGCAAACGGUCGCUGUUCGAUAUAGACAACGCGAACUCGCUCACGCUAGCGGAGAAACUACGCCAGGAGGCUAACAAAUACGCUGAAAGUGACAAGGAAAACUUCAUCAGCUCGAAGGUUUCAACGACCGGAACUGCUACCACCGCGGCGAACAGUAGCAGCGGUCUGCCGACGGCCGAAGCGCCCGCAACGAUCAAAAGUGAUAUUACCGCCUCGAAUAUAACACCGGCAGCCGCCAGCGAAGGCACAGUAUCGCUGCGUAAGGAUACUAGUGCGCCUUCGUCUCCACUGCACCAUCAACAGCAACAGUCGACCCUAGCCGAACGGAGGCCCUCGUGGCGGAUGAAGGUAGACCAUGGAGCCAAGUUCAAACUGGAGGACGCCACCGCCGCACCCGUCAGCACAUCCGCGACGAUUACCACCAACACCAGCAACGCCGUCACUGCCCUGGAUUCUGCAAACAAUCGGCAGCAGCAGAAUAGUGAUUUCAACUCGGUAUCUUCAGUGGCGCAACGCAGACACAACGGUGAUAGCAGCAACCUAACGGCACCCCGUCCAGCGUCAGCCCCGGAGAUUGGUUCUUCAGCCGACAUUAGUAGCAGUCAGCCCCAGCAGAACGAUGCCAGUUUGCAUCUGCGGAGGCCACUGAAAACCAGCGAGGAGAACAAAGAGAAUGACAAGGAAAACGAAAACCGCAGCAGUGCCCAGGCAACGCAGGCGGUUAUCCAGAGAAGGAGGCGUCCGAAGCGGCGCUCCACCGGUGUGGUGCACGUCGACAUGGAGGAUAUUGAUCCCGAGCGACAAGAUUCUCCUGUCGAUGGCGAAGAGAAGGAGUCCGGAACGGAGCAAGCCGCACGAUCGCGUGUUGGUUCAACCGCCUCUGAGCUAGCGGCGGCCAACCAGAAGGACGCGGAAUCCAAGGAGAACGGUGGAGAUUUCAUCGACUACAAAACUCUCUAUGAACAGGCCAAAGCCGAUAAUGAUAAGCUUAAGGGCACGCUUAGGAAAAAGGAUGAGGAAGUGCUAAGUUUGAAGGCAGCGCUCGACAGGUUCACAACCGCGACCACCAAGAACAACUCACUAUCGGAGCUCGAGAAGCGAGAGAGACGAGCGAUGGAGCGGAAAAUGUCAGAAAUGGAGGAAGAGCUGAAGCUACUGCAAAAAUACAAAACCGAGAAUGAACGUCUACGCGCAGAGAACCGCGCCCUCACUCGGGUAGUGUCGAAACUAACGACCUCGGCGCAGAAUCAGCUGCACAGCAAACAAUAGUGGUAGUAGCGGUAGUAGUAGUAGAAGCAGCAACGGCAACAAUGGUAGUAGUAGAAGAAGUAGUAGCAUUGCAGCAACAAUAUAUACUCGUGAUAUGGUAAUUCUGUUGCAUACCGAACGAAGAACGUCGCACGAAUUUUGUUCGUAACUAAAAAUAUAACUAGUAAACUGAAUCAUCAUAUAUAAUACAUAGUUAGUGGCAUUUUUCGAUAAUAUCAAAAGCUUUAAAUCAGGCACCACCAACCAACCACAGAUAAUCGUUGUUAGUGUAAUUUUUUUCAAAAAAAACAAUAGCAAAAUAUUGUAACUGUUUCCUAGCCAAAAAAUAUUGUAAAAAUCAAUAAAGGAAAAAAUUAAACAAUAGUGAUACUAUAUACAUAACCAAUGAGUGCUAAAAUGUGUAACGUGUAAGCGUUUUCGAGCGUUUUGUGACGCGCGCUUCCACAAGGAUUGCCCAGAAUUACCUUUCGAAGCAUAGCGAGGGAAAGAUAACGUGCGUCCCGCACAUCGUAUAUUGGACAUCGACUUUACGAACAACGAGCGCGCGGUUACCGCCUCCUUCCAUAACUCAAUGUCAACGAAGAAGAAGAAGUACUAGAACAGAUAAAAUUUCAACCGAGCGAACCGAUAAUCCCGCGCGAAUGAGAGAUCUCAGAUAGAAAAUCGGAAUUUGUGCAACUGGAAGCCCUCAAGACGGAGAAUCAGCGCCUGAAGGACGAGAAUGGAGCGCUCAUUCGUGUAAUUAGUAAGCUAAGUAGAUAGAGCUAAGGCAGUCGCCCGAAAACGGAAGGGCGAAACGAGGAAACUAGAAACUAAAUUUUACAACUUCACACUCAAAAGCGGAAAACGGAAAGCGAACAAGUAAAAUCAACCAGAAUGACUAUAAAAAUGAUUUUAUCAGUAGUUAACAAUAAAGACGAGCAUGAAGAGAAGGGGGGAAAAUACGAAGAACAUCUAUACAAAAUUUGUCGUACUGACACAGACAUCAAGCGGAUACUCUGGAUACAAAACACACUCUAUUGUAAAAUAUAAAAACAAAAGAAAGUUAAUGCAAGAGAAAAAUUGUCCUAUCGUCUGCAACACAAGUUAAACUAUUUAUAAGCAAAUUUAGAAGAACGGAAGCUGUUCCAGCUGAAAACAUGAUUUCAUUCGUUUUUUUCUUUCACGUUGAUAUUUCCCGAAGAGAGUCUUCUUUUCUUCCUAUUCGAGGCAUUUUCUGUUUUUUGUUAGAUUUGCGAAUGUGCUUUCGUUGCCCUUGAUUUAAGGAAAGCUCAUUUUUCUGGAAAAAAAUAAAAAAAACCCUAAAGGCCCAACCAUUCGGUUUUGGUUCAAUGAAGGGGCAUCCCUUGCAAAAACUUUUAAUCGAAAAACUAGUAUGAAUGUAUUAGGAGUAAGAAGAAAAAAAACAUGAACUUACGAAAGGUAUAUUUAUAGAUUUAUAACAAUCAUGUAACAUAUUUAUAUUUAUACAGUGUUUAAAAAAGAGGUAACAGAGGGUUAACCAUAAUCAUCAUCAUCCUGUUGGUCACUCCGAGAGAGAGCAUUUUCCUCUUAAAUGAGUAUGAACCAGUUAUCAAAGAAAUCAACUAAAACAAAACCACGGAUUUGAUCUCCAUUGGCUCGUAUUUAGCAACUAAACAAACUUGUAGUGUAGAAUGAUGUUCUGCGAGACGUGUCCUAACGUUUCAUCACCCCCCCAAAACUAUGGUCACUGCUUUCCCCUCCUAAUUGUUUUUGCAUGGUUCUCUUGCAAUUUUAUUAUUACCUGUUAGAGAGGUGUUAGUGUUUAGGUUAUGUGCAGCGCAUAAAUAAUAUGGUGACAAACCGGUGGCAUUUGAUUUUUCUCAGCAUAGUUGGCCCUACACAGCUACUGACCUGUUGUUAAUCGAAAAGAGGGGGGUGUUUUUCGCUCUACUGUUAGAAUAAUCUCCAAUCUCACAUUACACACAGUGCUACUAGAGAUCGCGAUAGUGACACAUACUGAUCCCUUUCUUUGAUACCGUUGUUGUUUUUUUUUCUUUGUUUAUUUCCGCUCUGUGUAAUAGGGAUAGUUUUGUUGAUAUAUGUAUCCAAUAAGAGCUUGUCUCUCAUCAUGUGUGUAGCUCACGACAGCAAAACCUGUUCAGGCGACAAACGGAACACUAUUUGUAUGUUAUUAUUGUAUCAUCUAAAUUUAGUUGAUAGUAAGUUUUCACUUUAGUCGUUCAAUGUGUACUGUAGAACAAACACACACACGCAAGCAUACUGAAAGUACUUCUCCUCUUGAUUAUUAUUACUAUUAACAUAGUUAUUAUUACGAUUAUUAUCAUUACGUUGUACUUGUCAUCAAUAUAAGUAAAAACACACAAACGGCCCACACACCCAUUCAUUGUAACUUAUGUUUAUUACAAAAAAAAAACACUAUUAUUAUUUUUUAUAAUUAUUAUUUUCAAAAAAUGAGAAAAAAGUUAAAUACAGGCCAGAAAAACAUUAA